GUCGCAAAAGUCGAUACGCGAUGGCCAAAUGGCUCUGGUCCAUUCAGGGGAUGUCGAAAGAGCGCAUGAUGGAGAUCCGCGGGAGGAACUGCCACCCCAUGACCAUGAAGGUGACCUUGUAUAAGGAGCCGGUGUUCAUCCAUCAGGGCCACAUGCAGUGGCUGUGGGACGUGGACGGGAGGCGAUAUUUGGAUCUCUUUGCCGGUGUGGCCACCAUCAGCGUGGGCCACUGCCACCCAAAAGUGACAGCGGCCGCAGAGCGACAGCUGAGGACGCUGGUACACACCACCAACAUUUACGUUUAUCCUCCUAUCCACGAGUACUGUGAAAAACUAGCAUCCAACUUGCCUGAUCCUCUCAAGGUAGUCUACCUGACCAAUAGCGGCUCGGAGGCCAAUGACCUCGCCAUGUGUAUGGCCCGACUAUACACUGGCAACUUUGACAUCAUCACUUUCAGGGGGUCAUACCACGGAGGAAGCCCACAGACCAUGGGUCUGACUUCACUCGUAGAUUACAAGUACCCUGUCGGCAUUGGCUUAGGCUGCACAAACACCAUGUGUCCUGAUGUGUUCAGAGGUAUCUGGGGGGGGAGCCACUGCAGGGACUCUCCUGUGCAGACUACCAGAGAAUGUAACUGUGCCCAAGGCUACUGCGUGGCAAGUCAACACUAUAUUGAACAACUCAAACAGACGUUUCUCACCAGCGUCUGGAGUCGAAUUGCCGCUUUCUUCGCUGAGCCUAUUCAGGGAGUUGGUGGAGCGGUGCAGUACCCCAAAAACUUCCUCAAGGAGGCGUACAAACUUGUGAGAGAGAGAGGCGGCCUCUGUAUUGCUGAUGAGGUUCAGACAGGAUUCGGCCGAACGGGGAGCCACUUCUGGGGAUUCCAAGGUCACGACGUCCUUCCUGACAUAGUGACCAUGGCCAAAGGCAUUGGGAACGGCUUCCCAAUGGGAGCGGUGGUCACAACACGGGAGAUCGCAGAUGCUUUCGCAGGGGGCUUUCACUUCAACACCUUUGGAGGAAACCCACUGGCUUGUUCCAUCGGCUCAUCCGUCAUUGACACUAUCAAAGAAGAAGGCACACAGCAGAACAGUCUGGAGGUGGGCACCUUUUUGAUGACGGAACUCGCCAAGCUCAGAAACAAGUAUGAGGUCAUCGGCGAUGUCCGUGGCAAAGGCCUGCAAAUCGGCGUGGAAAUGGUCCAAGACAAGGCCAGCAGAGCACCGCUGUGUCCUCAAGACAUGCUCGCCAUCUUUGAGGACAUCAAGGACAUGGGCAUCCUCAUCGGGAAGGGAGGAAUGUAUGGACAGACCUUCCGCAUCAAACCGCCCAUGUGCAUCACGAUGGAGGACGCACAUUUCUUCCUGUCCGUAUUUAACAAGUCCAUCCAGAACUACAUGGAGAAAAGAUGAGCCCAGCCAAGGACAAAGUGCCAUCGACGUUGUCGCUUUUCUUACUUUCUUAGUCACUAUUGAAGGUGGGUAGUUCCUACACUAGCAAACGCAAUCAGUGUUGUUGUUUUUGCAUAACCAUUACAAAAACUUGUAAGGGCAAACAACACGUAACGUACUGCAAAAGAUUAACCCUACCUCACACCUCAAAUCUGGUCAAUUAUGUACACAUGAUAAAUUAAUAAUUUGUUACUACUUCAUGACUAAUAAAAAGAGGACACUAAAUGUUUGCGGUGUUUAAUCAGUCACACUGGGUUUUAAUUUUUAGCUUAUUUCUUUCUGAAAUGUCAAAGUGGUGGUAACUGGAAAAUAGUGGCUGAAGUCAAACUGCGUCUGCUGGUGCUAGCCUGAAAGAAAUAUGUAUGGAUGACAUUUCAAUGUUUUCACAAUGAGGUUCGAGGCAUUAGAUACCUCGGCACUGUGGAAACUAGUUUGAGCUGAGCCUCAGAAAACAUACCUAGUGAAGUGGUUCUUAACUUGGGUUCGAUUGUGUUGGUUUUUGUGAUUUUGUCGUGCAACUGAUGCAUGAUUCAUUUUGUGCAUAAAUCAAAUAUAUAUAUAUAUAUAUAUAUAUAUAUAUAUAUCAAUCAAAACAAA